CUGGGUUAUUUUCUUUUUUAUGGCAAGAAGACAUUUCUGCAAUUCUCGGUUUCUCGAUUGGCAAUCUGGUUCGGGGUCAAAGUAUGUUAAGGCAUGGCGUGAAAUGUCAACUAUUGGCGAUUCUGAAGCGCUAUAGUCGUUUCGGCCCGUGUGGUUAAGUCCGAGACUUAUGUUACUACCGUUGCACCCAAACGUAUGUGGAGAGCUAGUGAUCAACAGAUCGCAGCGCCUAAAAGUGUUGGCCCUUUUUGGGUGAAUAUGGAGGAGAAAACGAUGCGUACCGAUAUUGAUUUCAGGGCUCGUGUUCGUGGUAUGAAGAACACGCAAUCUUCCCGUGACGGUCACUAAAGCGGCGAGAAACCGUAGAAUGAACGAAUCGUUUAGUCCUUCUCACUCCACUAUGACAACAGAUGGAUCUGCUGCGGGAACCAAGCCUGUGGAGAGGGGUACUGGAGGAAAUAGUAAGACCGAAGAAGACCCUAGCUCUAGUACUAAUCGAGGAAAUUCUACUCCAGAUGGCGGUAGUAACGCUGUAGAUACGCCAACUGAAGCCUCUGGCGACAAAAUGAGAAAUGGCCAAGAGGAUAAAAAGCACUCCCAAGCAAAAACACAGCAAAGCAAGAAAAAAACUCCCAGUAUAUCUCCAAGACAGAAGUCACCUGGACCAGGUGCUCGAUCAGGCAGAUCUGGUCCCCAAAGUCCUGCUAGUGUAUGGCCCACUGCAUCCUACCCUGCCCAGCCUUGGCAAUUUGGGUUCCGGGCCGCACCACAUUUUCACGCCCCAGCAGCAAUGUACCCCGGGUUUCAUCAGCCAGCAGCAUAUAGCGUAACUUCUUCACAGUCUCCUGGUUUGAGCUCUGGUAGAAGUUCAAGUGACAGAAUGGAUAGUCUCCCAGAUACCGGGGAGGAGAAACUAAGCAAGACUAAUUUGUACAUACGAGGACUUAAGGCUAAUACAACAGAUGAUGACUUAGUCAGGCUAUGCCACAAGUAUGGUACCAUAAUCUCAACUAAAGCAAUUCUUGACAAGGACACUAAUUUAUGCAAAGGGUAUGGCUUUGUUGAUUUUGAAAGCCCCAUCUCUGCACAGAAAGCAGUGGCAGCUUUGGUGAAUAAGGGAAUUCAGGCCCAGAUGGCAAAGCAACAAGAACAAGACCCCACAAAUUUGUACAUACAGAAUCUGCCUCAAAACUGUGAUGAGGCGAUGUUGGAAAAUAUGUUUAGUAAAUAUGGUAAAGUUAUAUCGACAAGAAUUCUACGAGAUAAAGAUACUAACAGCAAAGGUGUAGGGUUUGCAAGAAUGGAAAGUGCUGAAAAAUGUGAACAAGUCAUCAAGGACUUUAAUAAGAAAAUGCUCCCAGGUUGUAUUCAAGAACUGGUUGUGAAGUUCGCAGACGGUGGGCCUAAAAAGCGCCAGGGGCAAGAUCCCAUUUGGCCGCGCAGUCCUCAGGAUGGAGCAGUUCACUUGGCAGGAUAUGGUGACCCACUAGUUUUACAAAAUGGGUCGUCGGUUGGGAGUAAUACUAGGACAAUCUCGAGUCACGGUGCCGUAAUCCCAAGUCAGGCCGCCUAUGUGCAGGGUGUUCCCAUGACAGGAUACCAGCUUCAAGCUGGUGGGGGGUGGGUGGCGCCCCAGCAUUACCUUCAAAUGCAGACCCAGAUCCCACACGGUCAACUCACAGCCGUCAACCAGGGGGGUUCCCUGGAGCAGCACGCCCUCCACCAGGGUGGCAUCCCGGCUCAGCUGGCGAACCAGUUGAGUCAGAUUCAGCUGUCAGGGUCCCCCCAGUAUGUGACCAGCCCUGUUCAUGGCUCAUUCCCACAAAGCUCGUGGCAGGUUCUCCACCACUCGGCUCAACGCCACCCGCAAGGCUACAUCACAAUGGAGGAACCAGGCAUCAUGGGAAGCGAGGAUCCAAGACCUUCCAUGUCGCCUCAGACCACAGGAGUCCCAAUGUCAGAAAUGGAAGAACAGCGGAUUGCGGGCUAUCCUCACGCAGCCUUCCAACAACGCGCAUGGCAACUUGACCCGGGGCUAAGGCAAAUGCCCAAAUAAUAGGUUAGGUAACUAGAGGAACUGAAUGCUUUUACUUUUGACACCCACGGUAUUUCUUCUACACUGCUACAGUGUCGCCUCCUUAUAACUCUGGCUUUACCCACAACGGCUAGCCUAGAGAUGUUAGCGCGCGUAGGUGAUUCAGAGUGUUAGUUUUGUGCGUAUUGUGAUCGUUCAUAGUGGCAACGAAGGAGUGUUUUUAGGUUUUAUAGCUGGAUGCUAUAGAUUCAUGCAUCAGAAAGCGCUCCUCGUCUUUAUUUCUUUGAAUUUUUGGAAUUCGAAAUAUGAGAACAUGAAAAGGGCCAGCUGGAUUUCCAUUUGGACAUGAAUCGAAAAGACUUAAAGAUUGGUAAUCUCAGGCACCCCUUGUUUAAAUUCCUUGAAACAGUCCAAGCGAAUUCUACAACUUCAUUUCUUAGCAAACACAACUCCCGAUCACCUAUAUCAACUUAGAAUGAAUUGAUUUAGCAUUUAAAAAAUAGUAUUUGUUCAUCUCAUUUCAUUUCCCUUUGUCGAGACUUAAAGGAUUUGAUAUUAGAUCAGGUCCGUUUAUUGUGAUGGACGGAGAAUCAAUGUUAGAGUUGAGAAUCUUUAGAAAAUCGAAAUCAAGUCGUUAGGACUUCAAGCAACGCCAAUUACAGUCAUCCUAAUUGACCCAAUCCCUAAGCCGUGCUAUUAGCGAAGCUCGGACUGACUGACAUAAAAACAGUUUUUACAACCAAUGAAUUUUUCUUUUUGUGAUCUUUUUGAUUAGUAUGCAGUACUUAUUUUGAAAUAUGAUUUUCCUGAUAAUUUUCGAUGUAAGAGAGCAACCAUUAACCCGAUAAUAUACUCGCCUACUGAUAGCCAAAAGUAUAUUAUUUAAGUACAUUUUCUACGAUCUAUUUUAUUACAGAGCUCUAUUUGUGCAAGAUCGGUCGUGCCUUGCUCUAUUUUCUGCGAUAUUGCCUACUUGACACUCACUGGAAUUCUUUGGACUUAAUCGCACCCUUGGUGCAAGAGGCAAGUCGCCUCAUGGCUCCUGAUAAUAUCUCGAGUGGAACGGGUGUUGCUGCUCGAAGUUUGUUCGUCAACCUUCGAGUGGUGCUGGGUGUUCGUUCGUCAACCUUAGCACAAAACCACCCAUCUGGAAUUCCACUUAGUGCCCUAGGCUAAAUACAAAGUUUCUGUUUUAUAAGCAAAUUCACAUAAUAUUACGCAAUCUAAAGAGAUGAUAUUGCAGAUUUUCUUAUGAAAGGUCAUGGUACAGCGUUAUUUUUUGAUAGCAUAGCCAUCCAGCUCAACGUUUUUGUAUAUUAGGUUGCAUCUAUGUUAGCUGACAUAGUACCAGCAGACCUCUUUCUCGGAGCUUUAAAAUCACAGAUGUCUGAAUCUAUAUUUAUGGUACUCUCUAUAUUAUUGAUUCAAGGGCGGGUCUCUUGUGCAAUUAGCCUCUCUGCUGGCGGAGGGCGUUGUAUAAUGCUGUAAUCAUGUAUAUACUUCUUAACUCUCUUUUGCCCGGCUGCGCUGUGACUUUGUUGUAUAUAUAAUCUGACGACGUCUGAGAAGGCGCAUACUUAGCGGACACGUUUUGCUUUUGUUUGUAUGCUCGGAAAGGUGCUUUAGGUAUCAAAAGCGCAAUUUCGUUUUUUUUUUUGUUUUUGUUUUUUUACAGGAUUUCAAUACCUCUUACUAUACUAAAAAGUCUGUCUUAUUCUUAUUUUUAUUUUUUUAUCGUGAUUACUUUACACUCUUAACGUGUUUCUAGACAUACUUUCUGACGCCCGAUGUCGAUACUAAUCUCGCGGGGACUAUAGGACGCAAGCGCAACGCAAAGUUUUUUUAAAGUAUCUCCGAAAGCAAGCGAGCGGGAUUAUGCAACCGUAGGGGUAAACCAACCUCAGCUGUUCCGGUUUCAAACAUCCCACAUUCAAAUCAUUUCUGUUUUCCCAUAAUUAUUUUUCUAUAUACAACUGUUUUCGAACUAAACCAGCGCGGCUAACGACUGAAACCAGGCUCUUCAAAACUUAAACCUUUCACUUGUUAUUUUAUGUAUAAAAAAACUAUGUAGUUGAACCUAGCCGCGAGUCCAAAUAGAAAUGUGCUGUGGACGACGCAGUCUUUGUGAUUUAUAAAGUUUUUAGAUAGGCAUUGUUUUAAGCCGCCCUAUUUCUGAUAGCCAAGGGAACGGGAAGGGAACGGAGACGUCAGACACUUGUGUGCGCGUAAAAUCGGCGUUAAGUAGACAAGUGGAAAAGGAAGAAAACGAUUCUGUUCUUCCUUCUCCUAUUUCUUCGCUAGUGGAUAACCGGCUCCAAGGAGACGUUGAAGCGGUUAUUUUAGGAUAUUUCAAGGGCAUAGUUUUAAUAAAUCCACUUCCCGCUUCUGAUAGUCGCUUUUAGUGCUAGAUGCCUUUCUGUUAUUAGGGGGUCACCCAAAGGUUACGUAAUACCUUAGCUGCCAUGCAGCUUGAGUACUGGGACCGAGUCUCGUUAAAACAAUGAAGAAUCCUUAGGGGAUAACGCCGGUAGGGUUUACCGUAGGGCACGCGUAUCCGCGCGUUCGGUGAUGUUUUAGCAAACAGCUUCAGUAUUGUUACAACGCGACCCUGCCUUGCUUAAAUGUUUUCACUCUCGUUUCUUAAAUACACAGACGAAAAGAUAAUAGUUUUGAAAAAUGUAAUUUGUGACCCUUAGCAAUCGCUCUCCUUUGUGGUUAUUGGGGGAAAAGUUUCGAACAUUGGGAAUCUUUUGCGCGAAUAGGGACGAGGUGUAAUGUAUCAGCUUACUUAGUAUACUCGGCCCCAGUGAGCCUCGGACUUUCGCGCGUUUGAGGAAAAAAUAUAUAUCCCAAUAACCGUAAAUGAGAGCGGGCUAGAUAGCUGCAUUAGUAAAGUCCUUGAUAGAUGAUCAUAACAGGGUCGCUCUAUCAGAGUGUUACCCGCAGAUUGGGCAUUCUCGGAGACCUAGCGUACUUUGCUGUCGCUCUCCGGGAUUUGCGGCUGAAAAUAGGAAGCGCUGGUCCCUCCAGCUUCUUAGUUGGGUGUUUUUGAGGGGGUUGAUUGCACUUUUCAUUCUACCAUCCAAAGCGCAUCUCACGGUUUAGAUGGUAGGGUUUCCCACAAACUUUCCCUUUUACCAAGUACGCCUCGCAUAGUCUCUGCACAUGACAAGAGCUUUACUUAUGAGUAACUCACUGUUUGUCAGCGUUGCUAAAUAUGUUUACCAUCAUAAGUGGUUGGUAAAAAGGCUUGGAUUGUUAGUAGCCUUACAGCCCAAUUCGUUGUUGCGCGACCUCGGCGAAUCCAAAAUUUAUAUCUCGUUUAGGAAUAGCGCGUAGUCAGACACAAGCUCCCAAACGAAGAAAGGAAUUUUGCAUUCUGGCAGGUCGUGCAACAACGAAUUUGGCUAUAAUAUCGGCAGUAGGCUUCCCCUUGCCCACAUCAGUAGGCGUUACCAGCCCUAGUUCAAUAGUUGGAUUUCAGAGUAGGGACAAGGGCGUUGCCCUUGCACAUACCCCAUUGCUGUCUUUGGGACCUAAACGCAAACCACGCCUUCUGUGCCACGCCCUUCGCGGCCUCGUUAUUGAUUUGAUUAGGAUUCAACAGGUUUAACUUUAUUUCCAGUAGUGGGAAGUGUUAAACUAUGUGGGUUUUUACGCGAUUCGAUAAAAUAAUCAUUGAUUUGGCGCGAAAUUCGUGCCUGCUUAUUGGGUCAAAACCGUUAAUGUCAAAUCAUUGCUUGUUUUAUCAAGAGCCGUUAUGUUAAAUGAAAUUAGAUAAUUAAAAAUAAAUGUGAUUUUUUCCUUC